GCCAUGACAUACACCAGGGCACCUGGCCGCAUUAGCCGUCUAGCCGUCGCCGUCGCCCUCGCCGGCCGCCUAGCUCGCGCCUCCUCCUGCCCCCGCUCGAUUGUCCCGAUCCGACGGUGCUCGAUAGGCAGUAAUGAAUUGAUCUUGGUAGAUUGCGUAAUCAAGUAGAGAAGACAGGCAUCAUAGAAGCUGCUGCCAGAACGACCAUAACGAUAAGGAAAACUCCAUUCCCCUCCCCUGUUUUCUUUACUCCCCUCCCCCUGCUUCCUCCCCACUUCCACUCCUCGGUUGGAUCUCCGGGUCCGAGAUCGAAUCCCGGGAAUCCCCGAUCCUCAUAGCCCCGCCAUGCGCUCCCGACAACCCCAGCGCGCCCCCCUCCCAGCUCCCUGAUCCCAUCCGCCUCCCAGGGCCGCCGCCGUUGACGCCAAUUGGCGCCGGACGGACGGCAUGGACUCCGGCGCCAACAGCGUCGGCUCCGUCGGCGAGUCGCCGCCGCCGCUCUCCCCGCCGGGUCGCCCGGCCGCCAAGGGCCGCGGCCUCCGCCGGUGGCGCCGUAUCCCCCGCGAGCACCACGACGACGACGGCGGCUCCCCCGCGGGCCCCGUCGCCGCCUCAGCCGCCGCUGGCGCUGCUAGCGCUGAGGUCGACCUGGCGCAGCUCCAUAAGCGCCGUCUCCCCGUCGGCGCCGACGCGCCCAAGGGGAAGCAGGAGGCGGCGGCCGAGGAGGAUAGUCCGGUCGCGUCGGUCGAGUCCAGCUUCGUGCCGCCGGAGGCGCCUCCGUCGCCGUCCCCAGCUCCGGCUCUGACUCGUCUGGACCCGGAUCUUGGCCUCCUGAUCGCGUCCGCCGGCUUCUCGGUGGGCGCCGGCGGCGCCGACUCGGACAACAGCGACGACCGGACCAGCAAGUCCUCCACCGCGCUCCCGCGCCACGACUUCUCGCUCGCCGGCUUCGGCCGCGACCGCGAGAGGGCGCGGUCCCGCGCCCCCGGCGCCGCCGCUCACGCCAAGAACCUCCGUACCGCACGCGCUCGCGGCGCGGGUGCGCGCGCCGUCUCCGCGGCCUCCUCCACGGUGGAACCGGAGAACUCGCGCUCCAGCGUCGAGUCUGACCUCCGCAGCACUGGCGCUGCUCACGCGCGAAAAUCAAGCGCUGGCAUCAGCAGUAAUGGCGUUCACAAGUUUCUCUACACUGAUGGCGACCACAGCGACGAUGAAGCUCCAAGUGAGCACUUGCGAUCUGCAGCUGGAGGUUUCUAUAAGGAGAAUGGGAGUGCAGUAGGGAGAAUGGCAAUGGGGAAUGGUGAUUUGUAUGCCCAUGAUCACGGAUUUCAUGAAGGGAGCAUCGGCAAGGGUGAGAAUGGAGGGAUCCAUUCAGGUCUUGAUCCGUACGCCGACUCAAUUUCGAUGCUUCAGUCAGCACAAGAAGCACUUGAGAAUGAGCUCCAAAUGUUUGUGGAAAUCGGGAAAGAAAGCAGUGACAAUUCCACAGACAAUUCCGAUGAAAAUGAAUGGAGCAGUUCACCCAAUUGCGAAGAUUUUUCAGAAGAAAUAAGUGAAAAGUUGAAGCUUCUAGAGUCCAAGCUGGAAGAAGCUUCCCUUCUCAUCGAUGAGAAGGAUUCGAGAAUACUUGAACUUGAUACACUCAACAAGACAAAACCAGGGGAAACCGCACUAUACAAUAGCAAGCUACUUUCCCUACAGUCUGAAGUUGAUCAACUGCUCAUGGAGAAGAUGGAGGCCGAUAUCCAGUGCUUCAUCCUGAAAAGAGCUUCAGAAGCUUGGCAGCCCCAGACUGAGGGUCAGGGCGCUCUUCAAGAAGCUCAGAAGACUCUGUCCGAGGAUCACAAACAGCUGGAGGUCAAGCUUCGGCACACCGAGAACAGAGCGAGGACGCUAGAGGAUUUGGUGGAGAAGCUAGAGUCACAGUGCAAAGAGCUCUCAAACGCUUCAGAGGUCCUGAAGCUGCAGGCCGGAGCGAGUCGAGCUUCACUUUUUUGUUCGGUUCAGUUAGUGCUGCUGUGCAUCGCAGUGUGGACAUUCGUCGCGCGGUUCUUGCCCUCUCCCCCCGAAUUUGUACCUACUUGAUGAGGUUAGAAAAUUUCUCUGCGGAUGAGCCUCUGUGUAAACAUUAUUGAGAAGUUACUUCCUGUAAUCUAUUAGGCAUUGGUGGCCUUAAAAAUUUUCUGUUUGUAACAUCAACUCAGAUUUUGCUAGUUACCAUCACUUUACUGUACUUAUUCACAAA